AAUCGCUUCCUAUUGGCUACAAACCUUGUGGUAAAUAACGAACGACGUAAACAGGGACUCUUUCUUCUGGUUUCAUCGAUCACGUUAUACUUGUCAAAAAAUAGCUUUUGCACUUUUGUUUUUUCAGUUACAACGUCGGACUAAUUGGAUUAAUAGCUAUUCUAUUUGCCCCUGACCCAUCUUAAUGUGCUAUUUUAUGCACAAUGUGUGUCCUACUGGCGUUUGACUCCAUGGUAACUUUCUUUUGUGGACAUGCCAAGUCAACCCUGAAGACCGAGACCUUAGUUGGUGCCAGGCAUAAAUCAGACAUGCAGUGAAGCGCAUCCCGUUUUUGGUGCUAUUAGGAAUAACCUGUGAUGUUCUAAAGCUGUAAUGAAAUCCAGAGGGGCUAAGGGAUACUACCAACCAUCCUGUAGCCGGUCCCUAGCAAAGAAAAAGAACAAAACAACUUCAAGUCCUGUACGUUCAAACCCGAGGUCCAGUUCACAAUUACACACUCUGUGCCCAGAGACCCCAGUUUUUGCAGAGUCUUGGCCCUCCACCGAGUGUGGAUCUUGUCUUUCCAGCACUACAACCUCAUCUGACAUGGAGACACCCAAAGCCAGGUCUGCGAGAGCAGGACAAUCCACAGAUUCCUUAGAGGUCGGAGUUCAGCAAGAUUCAGUGCUGGCAAAGUACAUAGAUCGCUUCCGCCAUGGUCGACCGCAGAGUCGUGAGGAGCGCCAGCAGAGCCCUUCCGCCGAUGAAGAGAAGCAGCAUCCUUUUUGGUGGAUGUCACCCUCAUCUUUAGCCUGCAGUUCAACGCCCACUAAAACAACAGACAAAGAUGGUAUUCAGCCUCUGAAAGAUGACUAUGGACUUGCCAUUUUCAGUCCAGCUGGGCAGCAUCGACAUAACAGAUUCCCUUCGCCGUGCAGAGGAUCCCUUAGUGUCAGUGCAUCUAUGUUGUCAGACAUCUCUCAAGGUGAAUUUGAUGACACAGAAAUACAACACCUUCAACAAAAGGCUGGCAGACUUCUGCUGAGAGGGGAAUGCACUCUGAGUGAUGGAUCUAUCCCCGUCAGCUCAGAGGGCCUUGAAUGCUCAGAUUUCUCUUCUCCAGUCAGCGUAUAUGAGCCAGUCCGAAGACCUUUGAUUCCCACAAAGGCCAGCUCAGAAUCCUCUGUCAUUCCUCCUCUGGCGCCCCCCACACGUCGGGAAGAGGACAUCUUGUUCCAGUGGCGUUUAAGGAGAAAGAUCGAGCAGGCCAGGGAGGGGUCUCAGUCCCUCCAACACUCCAGUCUUCAUGGUCCCACAUUUAACUGGCAGGCCCCCAGUUUAAGCCAUCCCUCAGACAGUGGACAGGCAUACAAGCAACACCAGAGUGCUCGGCCUCCUGAAUUCUCACAACAAUCUACACCCCCCCACAUCACUGCACCCCAGCCACAAACCAAAGAAGCCCACAGAUCAUGUCCCCAAGCUUCAGAUCCAUCGCCCUUCCCUACCUUUGUUGUCUCUGGCUCUUCAGUCUCUCAACCCCAAGCUAUUGCUCAUGUGCCUGCCCACAUGCAUUUACUCUGUGAUGUCUUGCCAUGUCCCAUCCAGUCAUCUGGCACUGGCACGCAUCAACACCUUUCAGAAAGAACAGAUGAGUCUCAGACCAAAGUUGUCUGUAAAAAGACCCGAGUGCCCGGAAACUCGAUGAAUGCUUUCACUGAUGAACGUAGUCGUGAGCAUAUGCCAUCCCCACCACCUGCUUCAUCUGGAGCCACAGAAAGAGCGGAACUUAUUCACCACAAAAGGUCUGAGAGGAACAAGAAAGAGAAAGCCCCGACAAGAGAGUCAGGGAAGAAUGAGACCAAGACAGCGAUGUCCUUCAGAAAGCAGAAGAAAUCCACAAGAUAUACUGUGGAUGGGGAACAUGUUGAUGGACCUGGUCCGACAAACGGGAGUUUUUCCCAUCAAAAAGUUCCCAAAAUAGUCCUGCCGUGGGCAGAGCGACAGCAACAGGAAGGAAGCCAGAAGUUUUCCAGUGAGAGCUCUGCUGGCGAUCAUGCACCACCCCCUUCUCCAAUCCGCAGUGCCUUAGGACAGGUAGUAUCAGAGGUAUUGUUUCCCACGGUGGAUCCAUCUCUUGCACGAAGGACCCCGGUCUCGUCGGUUUCUCCUCCUUGCACUGCCUCUGCACCGCCACACUCCUCGGUUUCUCCAUGCAAUGCACAGAACUCUAUGGAGGUCAUUUCCCGGCUGCUGCAAGAAGCUGAAGAUUCAGAUGAAAAAGAGUUUGAAGAUGACCCUUUAUUACUAGUCCUUCGCAAGCAGAGGAAAUGGGUAAAGGAGCAGAUCAGUGAUGUGGACUCCAAGUUGAUUGAAUUCCUGGACGAGCAACACGUUACUUGACAAGAGGCACUUGUAGUCACUUUUUUAUUUUAUAAAGAAAUAAAGUUGAAUUUUUGAAGAAGUA